AAUUAGUCCGAUGUUCAGUUGCACUAAACAUUAUAAACCAGCUCUACCGACACCCGCAUUUGUAUUCAUCACAUUCACAUGUUCCGAACGUAUAAUAACAUAUCCAAAUUACAUCAAAUGACAGUCAUCAUUGCCGACGAUAAUUGACUUUUCUCUGUUUGUGCUUAAUGCGGUAUAGUUGCGCUUUUCGCAGUUCGACGCGAACGGUCACCGGCAAAAGAUGGAACAGCGAUUGUCAAGUGUUUUGACGUAUUUCAACAGCAAGCUAACGGGACAGCAGGGCGAGACGAAAGGAUCUAGUGAGCCGCAGAUCGGAUUCAAAGUGACGUUCGUGGAGAAACUCAAACGGAUCGUGGUGAAAGUGAUUGGUGCCAGGUACCUACCCACGGAUUACGGCACGUGCAAAGCCAAAGGAUACGUCAUUAAGGUGACGAUAUUCCCUUCAAAAGAAAAAUUCGAAACCAAAAUUGUAAAGGACAGUUGGCCAACAAUCAACGAAGAGUUCACUUUCAACCUCAACGUUUCCCCCAAGACAUACGACAUUUUGAAAGGAACUUUUGUUUCUUUCACGAUCUACGCCAUUUUAGAAGAGACUGUUGAAGAGAAACCCCAGAAAAAUACAAAUUAUUUAAAGAAAUUUCUAUCUGAUAAAACGGAAGAUUUUAUUAGGAAGAAUAAUAACAGGACUCUUAGAAGGAGCAGUUUUAGGAAUUCAAUGAAAGAUCGUAGGACCAUAGGAGCGGUGACUUAUAACUUAGAAUACAAGAACUUCACUCAAAACCUGCGAGACGACGCGAUCGGCACGCCAGAUGUGUGGAGGAGCGUGAAGGAGAUUACGAGUGGGAUCCAGACGCAACCCAGGGAAGGUAAAAAUGGCUGUGUUGAAUUAACCCUACAAUAUGCUGUCAGCGAGGACGGUACCAAUGAUGUAGUUGAAAUAAGUGUCACUAAAUUUCGAUGUACUCUACAUACAAUGCAAGAGCAUGAAAGGACCAAAGGUCAGCUAUACAUAAAGAUAAGCGCAUUUGAAAGCGACGAAGUGAUACAAAAGAAGAAGAGUGACAAAUUUGACCCAACGAUUAGUCUGAAGCUUGAAGCCAACACUGCAACUCUAAGAGCAAACGUGAACAACUUCAUGCUGGACCAAGUAAAAAUACUUAUCAGGCUACUAUCCAAAAAUCUACUCGGCAAGAAAACACUCCUUGGAAAAAUAGAAAUAGACAAAGACAAUCCGUUUUGGAAAGAAAUAGUUGCCAAUCCCAGUGUCCCAAUAACGAAAAUGGUCAAUUUUGAAUAAUUUAUUUUUUUUUUAACUCAACACGAUCUUUCUUCGACUUUAAAGUGAUAUUUUUUAGUGUAUAGGAAGUAAAUUUUGAGAUAAGAUUAUUUUAUUAUACAUAUAUUAGUGAGAAACGAUGUCGUAAAGAUAUUUUAUUAAAAUGGUUUAGCCUUGAGUGUGAUCGCAUGAUAAUAUAAUUAUUUAUUUUAUUAA